AUGGCUAAGAGAUCCGUUUCGAUCCUCACCCGCCUCCUAACGAAUCCAUCUUCUCCAUUCACCGCACCCACCCGAUCCAUCACCUACAUGCCCCGUCCCGGCGACGGAGCCCCACGCACCGUAACCCUCAUCCCCGGCGACGGGAUCGGACCUUUAGUGACCGGUGCGGUGGAACAGGUCUUCGAAGCGAUGCACGCGCCGGUGCAUUUCGAGAGGUACGAGGUUCGUGGACACAUGAGGAAAGUCCCCGAGGAAGUGAUGGAAUCCGUGAAGAGGAACAAGGUUUGUCUGAAAGGUGGGUUGGCGACUCCCGUUGGCGGAGGUGUCAGCUCAUUGAACAUGCAGUUGAGGAAAGAGCUCGACAUCUUCGCUUCUCUCGUCAACUGCAUCAACGUCCCUGGGUUAGUGACGAGGCACGAGAAGGUGGAUAUCGUUGUGAUUAGGGAGAACACGGAAGGAGAGUACGCGGGUCUCGAGCACGAGGUUGUUCCUGGUGUUGUUGAAAGUCUUAAGGUGAUAACUAAGUAUUGUUCUGAGAGGAUAGCGAGGUACGCAUUUGAGUAUGCGUACCUGAACAACAGGAAGAAAGUGACUGCUGUUCAUAAAGCCAACAUUAUGAAGCUAGCGGAUGGGCUCUUCCUUGAAUCUUGCAGAGAGGUUGCUAAAGCUUAUCCUGGGAUUACAUACAACGAAAUAAUUGUAGACAACUGUUGUAUGCAGCUUGUGGCUAAGCCUGAGCAGUUUGAUGUCAUGGUGACGCCUAAUUUGUAUGGUAAUCUUAUUGCAAACACUGCUGCUGGAAUAGCUGGUGGGACUGGUGUGAUGCCAGGAGGCAAUGUUGGUGCGGAACAUGCGAUAUUCGAGCAAGGAGCGUCAGCAGGGAAUGUUGGGAAUGAUAAAAUAGUGGAGCAGAAGAAAGCGAACCCGAUGGCUCUACUUCUCUCGUCGGCUAUGAUGCUUAAACAUCUCCAGUUUCCUACGUUCGCUGAUCGUCUUGAAAUUGCAGUGAAACAAGUCAUACAAGAAGGCAAAUGGCGAACCAAGGAUCUCGGUGGAGAUUGCACUACUCAGGAAGUUGUUGAUGCUGUCAUAAAAGCUCUUGACUGAGCUUCUACUUGCUUCGUGCUUGGUGCUUCUCUGUUUUGCGUUUGCUAUUUGUUUUUUCUUGAUUGUUUUUAUUCAUGCAUUUACUUCAUUUGACAAUGUUCGAUCUCUUGUUAAAGCACGAGCUUAUAAUAGUUAUAUAAUAAAUUCAAUAAAGAGAAAUACUCUCUCUGACGCGCUUACCAAGACACUCGUGCUCCGACGCCGGUAGAGGCCGGCGUCGCCUCCGUCCCAUCUUCUUCUUCAUAGUUUCUCUUGCUCCAAAUCAAAGCUCUCAUUCUGUCACUUAUUUCGCCAUUACUCAAUCAUUUAUUCUAGAUCUGGGGAUAACAAAACUGGAGAAGACCUGUGUGGUCUCUGCUCGGGUUUUGGAGACCACCGGACCUGCAUCCUUCACCGGGGACUCCUGGAAUUGCGGUACAAAUACCACCCCUCCCUGCCUCGACCCACAAAAGGGAUGGCUCUCUAUCUGCAACAGAUUUGCAACUCGCUACGCUUGCACAAAUGGCGCCUCACAUCACCUCUUUCCCUUCUCUGAGUUCAACUUUCAGCUGCGCUCCAGAUCUGAGAGGACCUCCAUGGGUUUCUCCGGAUCUGAGCUACUGUCAGAUAAAGCCCAAAGCUCAGACAUAAAGAACACCUCAAGCCACCGUAGUUCAUCAACUUCACGUUACAAACGGGAUUCCGUGGGUGGCUGCUCAAUCCCUAACCUUCAGAUCUUCACGGUCUCCUCUCCUCCAUCUUGCGCCACCGUCCUUCACCCCGCCAACGAGGUGUACCCUAAUUCCGCCGCACACACGCUGCUCGUCAAGUUCAGAUCCGUUGAGGAUAAUGCUGACAUCAGCCCUUCCAUUUUCUCUAUAUGGGCCAGACCCAUACCAAUUGCAAAAGGUGUCAGCCCAUUCUCAAUCUCUCAAAAUGAUAAUUUUAAUGAGAAGACCAAGCCCAAAGAUUUGGCUUUAUUUAAUAGUUUUUCAAUGAGUCUCGAUGGAUUCACCGAACCUUUGAUCCAAACUAUUGUGAACACGAUGUCAUAUCAUUCGAUUCAGAACCGAUCCUUACUUUUGUGGUUG